AUGGCAUCAGAGGUCCUCUCUCUUUCCCAGGUGCCAAUGCGGGCCUCAACUCAGCAGUCACAAUCCCCAUUUGACACUGGAGACAGACUCUUGAAACCACUUCAGAAGAAUCAGCUAAGUCUUGACAGUAUGAAGAUGCUAGAACCUGGUCGAAAAAAACUGAGCUCAGUGGAAACCCAGAGGGUGGUGGCAGUACUUGAUGAGACAAUCAAAAACCUUGAACAUGUCAGUCUUUUUCAGCAUGCAAUUGAAAACCUGGAGAGAUACAGUAUAGUGUUUGGCUCUGAGCUGAUGGGAGCUUUGAGGGAGCACCACAGACUGCAAGUUAACAUGCAGAGACAACUUAGUCACUUGAGUAAAGAAUCAACGGAAGAAAAGGGAAUGCAAGGAUUGCUGUGGGGAAAAACAAAUAUGGUGGAUAGGGCUCACAUGAAUUUUCUAACACUUCGUCAAGGAGUUCAAAGUUCAGUAAGAAAUAUCUUGAGGUGGUUCUUGGCUAACCCUACUGCCAGUAAAGCACUGAGAUCCGAAGGACAAAUAAGAGAUCAGGCUUUCCAGAAACUCAUCCAAAGCCUUUCAGAGUUGAGAGGAUUUCUUUUUGAGAUGCUCCUGACCAGCCCUCUUGAACAGAAAGAGAGGAUUCACUUCCUCCAGGAGAUCACAGUCCGUGACCAUAAGAACAGGGAGGCUUUGUCAGCUUUAGAAGAGGAGCUUAAUGCAGCUAUUUUUGAUCGUGACACUGAGAUUGCAAAGCAAAAUGAGGUUAUCCGGCAGUUGAAGAUCAGUUUACAUCAGCUGGAGAAAAUUUCGGAGAGCCAAGUGAGACGUACAGUGCAAGAGGCAGAGAAGCAGCAGAAGUCUGACCACCGUGCCUCAGAAGGGAAGUGUACAAAGCUCCAGCAGGACCUGCAGCAACUAAGAUCACAGCUUAAUGGCGCAAUUGCUGAAAACCGUGAGGUUGAGCUAAGCCUCAGAAAGAAAAAAUAUAAAGUUGAAACAGAAAUUGAAAACUGGAUACAGAAAUAUGAUGCGGAUAUGGGAGAGAAACAAACAGAGCUGGAAGAAAUAGAAUCUGUGUAUGAAGAGGAAAAGGUUCAGUUGGCAGAGCUAAAGGAGAAUCUGUCAGUCUUCGAGGUGGAGUAUGUCCAGAUUAUGGAAGAAAGACAUCAGGCCCAACUGAAGAAGGAAGCUGAAGAAAAGGAUUUAGCCAACAGGAACCAUGCAGCCACCAUCAUUCAGGCACACUGGAAAGGGUAUCAAGUCCGUAAAGCAAUGAAAUCAAAGAAAAAGAAGAAAAAAAAGGGAAAGGGGAAGGGAGCUAGUGGUAAAGGGAAAGGCAAGAAAGGCAAAAAGUAG